AUGAAAAGUUCCUCAUCGAGCGAAAUAGCUCGUGUCAAUGAAAUUGGGAAGUUUUGUUAUUCAAAUUCACAUAACUUGCCGUGUAUCACUCCAAAUACUUUUUGCAUCAAUAAUAUUUGCACAUGUGAACCGUUGUACGACGAGGUCAACGGUCAAUGUAUUUUAAAGUCAAGUAAAACGUUAGGUUCAAAAUGUAAAAUAUCAGCAGAAUGUACGGGAAAAGGAGAGUACUGUAACAGAAGAAGCGGGAAGUGCUGCUGCUUAUCAACACAUUUUGUCUUAAAUGGAAAGUGUAAACCAGUAAUUUAUCCGGGACAAAGUGGUUGCGAAGAUUCAAGACAAUGCGCUAAAAGUUAUCCAGGUGCUAUUUGCACAGGUCAGAAUAAAUGUGAAUGUCCAAAAGGUUUUAAAGCUAAAGCAUUCAGCUGUUUCAAAAGUAAACGAUAUGUACCACAACGAAAACGAUCACAACCGCUUCGUUUAAACGUUCGAGAUCAAAGUAAUUUUAUUGAAAAAGCAAAAAAUAACCCAUUCGGCAUCUCAACAGCUGUUAAACCAGGUGGAAAAUGUCAGUAUUCAUCACAAUGUCAAAUGAAUAACACUGAAAUGAUUUGUAUUCGAGGUAUUUGUCGUUGCUCGUCCGGUAAAGUAUUCACAGGUGACAUGUGUGCUGAAAGUUGUCCCUCAGAUUAUGUUGUUGGUAAAAAUGGAAUAUGCAAACAAGGAUGUAAUUCAAAACAAUUAGAAUAUAAUGAUAAAUGUUAUGAUCAAGUGCCAAUGGGACAACGAUGUCUUGUAAAUUCGAAUUGUAUGGGAGGAUUCAGAUGUGUCAAUAAUACUUGUGUUUGUCCAUCAUCAAUGAUGAUUAGGGACGGAUUAUGCCGUCAAAAAGUUGGAGCAAUGAAAUCAUGCGCAAAUGGUGAAAUUUGUUUGGGUGGAUCGUUCUGUCUGGCUGGUACCUGUGUAUGCCCAGUAGGAAAUAUCAUACUGAAUGAGGAAUGUGUUCCGCGCGGAACUGUACCACCAAGUUCAGCGUGUAACUCAACCAUACAGUGUAGCGGUGGUUCAAGUUGCAUUGCAAAUAUUUGUCAGUGUCCCAAGUUUCAGCAAUCUGUAAAUGGAAUUUGUAAACCAAUCCCUUCAGAAUCAAUGGAAAGUGCUUGUCCAAAUGGAAAUGAACGAUGUUUGGACGGUUCAAAUUGUUUUUUCGACAGAUGCGAAUGUCCAUUUGGAACAAAAUCAAAUUCUGCUGGAUGUAUUUUGGAACAAAAAGUAUCCGUUGGUUCGCCGUGUAAUUCAACUCAAAUUUGUCACGAAGCUGCAAAUUGCAUUAAUGGCAUUUGUCAAUGUAAAAUUGGCACUGUUUUAAAGGAUGGAGAAUGUCGUGAUUUGACGUUGAUUGGCGGUGUUGGAGACAGUUGCGCUAAUGGAGAAUUUUGCAUCGGCGGAUCAGUCUGUAAUAGAACGAUUUGUUUAUGCCCAAUUGGUACAACGAACCAAAAUGGCAUAUGUAUAGCUAAAGGAAAAAUAAACAACGGAGAGAUAUGCAUAAAUGGAGAGACAUGUCCUGAUGAAUUACUGUGUAUUGAUGGAAUUUGUCGAUGUCCACAAGGAAUGUUUCCGAAUAAUGGACAGUGUAUGACAACAAUCGACUCACUCGGCGAAUGUACAAAUUCUUCGGAAUGUGCUGGAAACUCAUACUGUGAUCAUCAAAGCGGUCUUUGCAUCUGUCAAGAUGGAUAUCAAUAUCAUGAUCAAAUUUGCAUACCAAUGCUUACUCGUACAUUAAUAUCACCGAUUAAAAUAUGCAUCACUAAUGCUGAUUGCACAGCUGCAGGUGAGAUUUUCAUGGAUGAUCGAUGUCAAAUGGUAUUUGCCGAACCUGGUGAAUCAUGCCUUAAUGGUGAAACUUGUAUAUCAAAUUAUGUUUGCAUUAAUGGUUCAUGUUCAUGUCCUGAUGGUGAAGCAUCCCGAGAUGGUAACUGUGUUGAAAUCGAGAAUUAUAUUAACUAUCAAGCUAAGCCUAAUUCCCCGUGUAGAAAAGGUGAAUUUUGUACUGGUGGAUCGUUCUGCAAUGUCGUGGAUGGAAUGUGUCGAUGUCCUGCGGAUACUAUCUUGCAAAAUGAAAGAUGUGAAUUUGUUAAUGCACAAUCAAUUUUUACGCUUCCAUCGGAGAAAAUUUUUAAUCGAGAUGGAAAUAUACUGAGGAAACGAUCAAAUCAUUCCAUAAUUAAUGUAACUCGAGUGACACUUCGUAUGAAUCGUUGCGAAAGUAACGAUGAUUGCACAGGUGGUGCUUAUUGCUCUCGUUAUCGUUGUAUUUGUCCAUUUAAUAUGAUCAUGAAAGGUGGCCGAUGUCAGAGAAUGUUUCCGAAUUUACAUAAAAGAGUUGAUCGCAUUGGUAAACGAUGUAUGACAAAUUACGACUGUACAAUGCAUAAUACAGAAUGUCGUAAGGGAAUAUGCAUUUGUCUUCCUGGAUAUCAUAAUAUUGACGAUAAUGAAUGUAUCUCGAGAGUGAGAACAUUUUCCAGCAAUCAUUCACAAACAAUAAUACCAACAGUAACAACAACAAUCAUUGAUAUGACUAACAGUAUCACUGAAGCAGCAACAAAUGAAGUGAUAGAUUCAGGCCUAGAUGUUAAUCUAGACAAAACAGGCCUUCGUUCUACAACCUUCGUACCUUUACCGCUGAUUGAUGCUGGCAUUGAACGUAUUCCAUCAAGUCGUCAAACUGAAAUGAUUGUAAAUAUAUCGGGUGGUGUAUGCAACGAAACAACACUCUGUCUGUUUUUUUCCGUUUGUCGUAGCGGUAUUUGCAAAUGUCCUUUGGGCACUCGCAUAUCCGAUACUGAAUGCAAAUUUAUGGUUGAUGUAAGUCGUCUGCGACAAUUCGAGGAAUUAUUGUAUGGCGGUUAUUCGAUAUUAGCAUAUACAACACGUCCAACAUUACCGAUCAUAUCACAAAAAACAAAUUUGUUACCUGUAACAACUCCUGCAAUCCCUCCUAUCUCAUCUGUAAAAGUUAUGACAACAUCAACAAAUCGAAAUUUGGAAGAAAUACGGUCAACGGUACAUUCACAAACAAAAUCUAAACCUGUAAAAUCGAUGAAUACCUUUCGAUGUGAAACAAGCCAGCAAUGCCCUUCUCGAUCUCAUUGCAUCGAUGGUUUCUGUUCUUGUAUCUCAGGUACCAUCAUGUCUCGAUCAGGAUUUUGCGUACCAAUCAAUAUCGAAUCAAGUCCGGGAAUGUCAUGUAUGAAUGAAGAAAGAUGUACCGGAUAUUCGAGCUGUAUCCGUGGAAUGUGUACCUGUCCACCUGAACGAAAUAAUAUCGUUGAUAAUGAAUGUAUUGAAGCUUUUCGCGAUGACUGCACAGAUGAUCCGACAGUAUGUCGUGAUGGUACAUAUUGCUUGAAAGAUUCCUGUGUGUGUCCCACCGGUCACAUUUGCGCUUCAACUGAAAUAGUUGCUCAUCAAGGAAAGCUAAAAUACGAUAAAGAUUAUAUUUUCUCUAAAUUUGUACAGAUAGGAGCACCGGGAGAAAUUUGUGAAAUCGGUUACACGAAAUGUACAGGUAAUUCAAUAUGUAUCGAUAAUUACUGCACAUGUAUUUCAAAUCAGGUAGCAAUAAAUGGUCACUGUACGGUGCAGCAUCGUCUGGUACUUCCAAAUCAUCCAUGUUUUGGGAAUUUAUUAUGCACCGGUGGCUCUGUUUGUUUUCGCGGUGUUUGUAGAUGUCCAAAUGGAAUGCAUGCAGAAUACGGUGCGACAAUUUGCCUAUCCAAACCCGUUUUAUUUAUUCAUUCUGAUACAGUCGUUACAAGUUAG